AUGUUCAGCAGCCGCGUCACGUGCCAGGUGGCACAAAAGGUAUCUGCCCGUACCUUCGCGACGGUGUCAUCUGUCAACACAGCCUCAAGGAAUCACAAGAUUGUGGUGAUCGGUGCUGGAGCAGCUGGUUCUUCAAUCUCGCACCAGCUUUUGCGAUCGGGGAAGUUUAAUGCAGAGGACAUCGCGGUUGUCGAUCCAGCCGAGUACCAUCAUUACCAGCCAGGAUGGACGCUCGUUGGCGGUGGUCUCAAGAACAAGGAGGACCUUAAGCAGCCGUUGGCACCACUUCUCGACUCAAAACUCAAGUUCUACGCCAACAGUGUCGGGAGCUUCACCCCCGAAGACAACAGCAUCACACUCGGCAACGGCGACAAGCUGAACUACGAGCAGCUUAUCGUCGUUCCCGGCAUCAAGGUCGACACAUCGAGCAUCUCUGGGCUGCAAGAGGCGCUUGCCGAUACUUCAUCAAACGUGUCUACAGUCUACACCUACGAGACUUGCGACAAGGCCAACCGCGAUAUUUCGGCUUUCAAAAAAGGAACUGCAAUCUUCACACAGCCUGCAGGCGUCAUCAAAUGUGCUGGCGCACCACAGAAGGUUAUGUGGCUAGCUUGGGAUCGAUGGUCCAAUGCUGGACUGUACAAGAAGAAUGACUCAAGUUCUGCAAUCGAUAUCUCUUUCGCAACUGGCCUGCCUACAAUGUUCGGUGUACCCAAGUACGCUGCUGCUCUUGAAAAGUUGCGCGUGGAGCGCGGUAUUGAGGGCCUUUUCGCUCACGACUUGGUCGCCAUCGACGGUCAGACUGCCACCUUUAAGACCGCGGCUGGCGAGAAGGUGGAGAAGAAGUUCGAUCUUCUGCACGCAGUACCAAAGAUGGGACCUCAUGCGUUUGUCAAAGAAAGCCCGAUAGCUGAUGCAGCCGGUUUCGUCGAUGUCGACAACGCCACCCUCCGACACAAAAAGUUUGCGAACGUCUGGUCUGCAGGUGAUGCUUCGUCUCUCCCAACUUCCAAGACCGCGGCUGCUGUCACUGCACAGGCGCCCGUCCUGGUUUCGAACAUCCUGCGAUCAAUCGAAAAUAAACAACAACAACUCAAUGCAGACUACGACGGUUACACAUCCUGCCCGCUGACCACAGGAGAGAAGGAGGUGCUGCUUGCGGAGUUCAAGUAUGGUGGUGUGCCAAAGGAGACUUUCGGACGUAUCCUUGGCCUGGACCAGGGCGUGCCUCGCAAGGCAUUCUACUACCUCAAGAAGGACUUUUUCCCAUGGGUUUACCAGAACUACAUGGUCAAAGGACAGUGGGGCGGACCCAAGGGAUUCAUGAAGUAG